CUCUUCUCCCUUCGCAUUCCUCGCUUUCCACUCUGCUCACUUCUCUCCGCCUCUGCCAUGGUCGCCUCGCGGUGGCCGAAGCCUCUAGGCUCCCCAGCCCUCCUCCUCUUCCUCCUCGGCUGCUUCGCCGCCUCGGUACCACCGGUCGCGGCGGGGGUGCUGAGGCAGGUGGUUGUUGGGGAGGAUGCGACGGGCGACGGGCCCUUCUUCGAGCCGUUCAACGUGACCUACGACCACCGCGCGGUGCGCAUCGGCGGGGAGCGCAGGAUGCUCGUCUCUGCGGGGUUUCACUACCCGCGCGCCACACCCGAGAUGUGGCCGAGUCUGAUUGCAAAGUGCAAGGAGGGCGGCGCGGAUGUAAUCGAGACAUAUGUCUUUUGGAAUGGGCAUGAGCUGGCCAAAGGCCAGUACUACUUUGGCGGAAGAUUUGAUCUUGUAAAGUUUGCGAAGCUGGUUGCUGCCGAAGGUCUAUUUCUUUUUCUGCGUAUCGGCCCGUAUGCUUGUGCCGAAUGGAAUUUCGGUGGUUUCCCAAUUUGGUUGCGCGAUAUCCCUGGGAUUGAAUUCCGUACUGACAACGAACCGUUCAAGGCUGAAAUGCAGACUUUUGUGACGAAAAUCGUUGACAUCAUGAAAGAGGAGAAGCUCUAUUCUUGGCAAGGUGGUCCUAUUAUACUACAGCAGAUUGAAAAUGAAUACGGUAAUAUUCAAGACCGCUAUGGUGAAGCAGGGAAGAGAUAUAUGCAAUGGGCAGCUCAGAUGGCACUUGGGCUUGAUACUGGUGUUCCUUGGGUAAUGUGUAGGCAGACUGAUGCUCCAGAGCAAAUUCUCAAUACUUGCAAUGCCUAUUACUGUGAUGGGUUUAAACCGAAUUCUUACAAUAAGCCAACAAUAUGGACUGAGGAUUGGGAUGGAUGGUACGCCGACUGGGGUGAACCAUUACCUCACAGGCCUGCUCAAGACAAUGCGUUUGCUGUUGCUCGUUUUUACCAACGUGGUGGAAGCUUGCAAAAUUAUUACAUGUUCUUUGGUGGUACGAAUUUCGAGCGAACAGCUGGUGGUCCACUUCAGAUAACAAGCUAUGAUUAUGAUGCUCCAAUUGAUGAAUAUGGUAUCUUAAGGCAGCCUAAGUGGGGGCAUCUGAAAGAUCUACAUGCAGCUAUUAAACUUUGUGAACCAGCUCUUACUGCAGUAGAUGGUUCACCUCAAUAUGUAAAAUUAGGGCCAAUGCAAGAGGCACAUAUAUAUUCCACCGAAAAGGUCAGCACAAAUGGAAGAAGUUCAAGGAAUGCACAGAUUUGCUCAGCUUUUCUUGCCAACAUUGAUGAACAUAAAUAUGUGUCAGUCUGGAUCUUUGGAAAAUCUUAUAAUUUACCACCAUGGUCUGUGAGCAUAUUACCAGACUGUGAAAACGUGGCUUUCAAUACAGCUACAGUAGGUACACAAACUUCGGUUUUUACUGUCGAAUCUGGGUCCCCCAGUUAUUCAAGUAGACAUAAGCCUAGUGUUCUAACCCUUGUUGGCGGAAUCCCGUAUCUCUCAAGUACUUGGUGGACUUCUAAAGAACCUAUUGGCACAUGGGGUAACAGCUUUGCUGCUCAGGGGAUAUUAGAGCACUUAAACGUGACAAAAGACAUCUCUGACUACCUUUGGUAUUCUACCAGUGUAAACAUUUCUGAUGAGGAUGUGGCAUUUUGGAGUUCCAAAGGUGUUCUUCCGACACUAACCAUAGACAAAAUUCGUGAUGUAGCGCGUGUAUUUGCAAAUGGGAAGCUUGCAGGCAGUAAAGUUGGUAAAUGGGUCUCGCUGAAUCAACCAGUUCAAUUGGUUCAAGGACUUAACGAGUUGGCAUUGUUGUCAGAGAUUGUUGGCAUACAGAACUAUGGUGCUUUCUUGGAGAAGGAUGGCGCUGGAUUUAGAGGUCAAAUAAAACUCACUGGCUUGUCAAAUGGAGAUAUUGACCUCACUAAUUCACUUUGGACAUAUCAGAUUGGUUUGAAAGGUGAGUUUUCGAUGAUCUAUUCUCCUGAGAAGCAAGGAUGUUCUGAGUGGAGUGGCAUGCAGAAGGAUGACAUACAGUCACCCUUUACAUGGUACAAGACUAUGUUUGAUGCACCAGAAGGUACUGACCCUGUUGCAAUUGGUCUUGGGAGCAUGGGAAAGGGCCAGGCUUGGGUGAAUGGGCAUCUCAUUGGGCGCUACUGGUCGCUAGUAGCGCCAGAGUCUGGGUGCCCAUCCUCAUGCAACUAUGCAGGAGCGUACGGUGACAGCAAGUGCCGUUCAAACUGUGGAAUGCCUACACAAAGCUGGUACCACAUACCAAGAGAAUGGUUGCAAGAGUCAGGCAAUCUAUUAGUACUGUUUGAGGAAACAGGGGGAGACCCUUCUCAGAUAUCGCUGGAGGUUCAUUACACCAAAAUAAUCUGCUCAAGAAUAUCUGAAAAUUACUAUCCUCCCCUUUCUGCCUGGUCACAUGUUGCCAAUGGUCGAGCCUCAGUAAAUACAAUAGCACCACAACUUCAUUUGCAGUGUGAUGACGGGCAUGUGAUCUCGAAGAUUACAUUUGCGAGUUAUGGAACCCCUUCAGGUGAUUGCCAGAACUUCUCCGUAGGGAAGUGCCAUGCAUCGAGUACUCUGGACUUGGUGACAGAGGCCUGUGUCGGCAAGAACAAAUGUGCAAUCAGUGUUACCAAUGAUGUAUUUGGUGAUCCAUGCCGAAAAGUUGUCAAGGAUUUAGCAGUUGAGGCUGAGUGCUCCCCGCCAUCAGCUACCAAAGAACCUCGAGAUGAGAUGUGAUUCGGAUUCUGGAAUUUCGUCCUGGAAGAACUGUAGUGAAGGUAGGAUUUCUACAGCUUUGCAGGGCAGCUGAGCUGUGCACGUUGUCCCUGCAGCUGUAUCUGGUCUGUUCCUUUGCACCCAUAUAUGUAAAGAGAAACCUAUGCUUCAUAUAAAUGUCUGUUUGCGAAAAAGAAAGGACUGAAAAGAAAGGAGAUGGGGAAAAAUAAAGUUAUUUCCGUGAAACGAUUUA